AUGAUCACCGGCAUCGCCCACGUCAACCUCACAGUACACCCAGGGACCCUGGAACAUGCAAAAGAGUUCUAUGGCGAGACCCUCGGGCUAAGCUCUGCACCUGUCCCUGAGCUGCAGGUUGGAACAAUACUCUGGUUCGAUCUUGGCUCCAGCGGACAACAAAUUCAUGUUAACUGCGGUGCUACUGACCCCAGCUCGACACGGCAUCCCUGCUUCAAGCUACCCGGUCGCGAUGAGCUAGAAGCAAUUAAAAAGUCCAUUUACGACCACCAUGUCCGCGGGGGUCCAGCAGCACCAAUGUCCGCCGAUACGCCUGGUGACGAGGGUUCUGGCACGAAAGGAAAGGAAUAUCCUCGACGGUUCUUUGCGCGGGAUUAUGCUGGGAAUCUGUUAGAAUUUACUUUGUAG